AUGCCGUGCUUGAACAGCAUGCUCAAAAUCUCAACAACUUUUCAUGCCUCACUUAAACUGCCAGAAACUUUUCAUUGCUGCUUUUUCUUAAUAUUUAUAAUGAUUGAAAACUCAUAUGAAGACUGUUUUUCAAAGGUGAAAGUACCAGACCGAGUUGAAGCGUUGAUUUUAAGAGUUCUGGAUGGUCAAUCUAAACUUGAAACUCUUCGGGAUUCCUAUCAAACAGGUUUAAGGUCACAUGGAAAACAACUUUUAUCAGUGUUAUUCACUAAAACUGAAGAUGACAAAACUGAACUCCUUCAUGCUCAUUUGCAAAAUUUGCAAGAACAAGUGGAGUCAUUGCAUGGCAUGGAAGAAAUUGAUAAAAUGGAAGUGUCAUGGAUUACAUUUAAAAAAAGUUAUGAGGAUUUCAAAAAUGAUGAUCUCGGGAUAUCAGAACAAGAAAAACAUUUACAAAUCGUCCGUAAACGAUGCAACAUUUUUGUUCGAGAUACUCAUCAAAAAUUGGAAGAAUUUUGCCAACGAAUUAUGAUUCAAGCAGAAGAGCAUAGAGCCUGCAAAGCAUCAUUUGACGACAACCUUGCUGCUGAAAUUCGACUUAUUAGGCAAAAUUUUACGGAUUUAUUGCAGGAUUUCUUUCAAAAACGGCGAGUUGAGAAAUUGAGACAGCUGGUUGAAGAGUUUGAUUUAGUUAACAUGGAAAAGUGUAACACUCGAGUGGAAGCAUACCAGGAUAACAUUCGGAAACGAAAGUUCAUAAUGCGAAGAGUUUUUCAUGCUGAACAGGAAUUGAGGUCUUGCCAGUUUAAGCUAAGAAAAGUUCCAUAUGCUCAUUAUGAAUCAAUUUCGGAAGCGUCAAAAACUACAACCACCUCCACAGCUAAACUAAUCACAAUGGGAAACAUAUAUUCUCAGCUAAACGACUCGAUGAAAUCAGAUUUGGAAGCUUCCAAGAAACAAAAAACUAUUUUGGACAAGAAAUUGUCAGAUCUUUUGCAAAAAACCACUAAAGUUCAAGUCAAACUUUGCGACGUCAUUAAGCAGGCGAUUCGACAGCAAGUUUACAGGCACGAUGACCUGUGUUGCUUGACGCCAGAAGAUUUUGAUGCAUGUGUCAGAUAA